AUGACUCCUUUUGAAUGCGAUUUGGGUCGUUCACCUUCUUCGUUAUUGACCGUUGUACGCCAAUCUACGUCUUCCUCAGUUGAGUCAGCAUCGGUGUUGGUCUCUAAACUUGAGAAUGUGAAGAAGUUGGCACUCCAACAAUUGGAAACUGCGGUGACAAGGCAGAAAACAUACGCUGAUACACGACGUCGUGAGUUGUCAUUCGACAUUGGCGACUUGGUGUUGGUCGACUUAAGUGUGAUAAACCCUGACGUGUAUGCAAACGCACCAAGCCGGAAAAUUUUGCCACAAAGGCAUGGCCCGUUUAAGGUUAUUCAACGCAUUGGUGACGUUGCAUACAAGGUUGAUCUCCCCACCACCAUUCGUGCUCACAACGUGUUUCAUGUUUCUGUACUCUCUCGUUAUCAAGAACCGGAUGAGCCUUCUCGACGACCAGAGAUGCCUCCACCAGUUAUCACGAACGAUAAUGAUGACGAAGAUGAGUGGGAAGUUGAACGCAUCCUCAACGUACGUAUUCGUGGAAGACAAAAGAAGAAACAAUACCUCGUCAAGUGGGUUGGUUAUCCUUUGCACGAUGCAACAUGGGAACCUGAAUCAAAUUUGGUUAAUGCAGCCGACCUCGUGGCCGAGUUUGAAACCUCUCACGCACACCGCCCACAACGUAAAACGCGUAACCUGGAGCCGGAUGUCCAGGAUGAAUACCUACGUACGUCGGAUGGAAAACUAAUCUAUGGAAGAACCACAGUGGUAUUUGAUCCAAAGCAAGGAAGAUUAUGGUCUGUUCAGAAGCGUUACGCAUUUUUUGGCACUGAUGAAAAAGAUGGCAAGAAAAAAGUUUUUUGCAACUUUACUUUUCCGAAUGGGAGAAAAUGCUUACAUAUGUUGGUGAGCCCUGACAAGUCCACUGGCAACAUCAAUAACCACCUCAGGAGCGAGCAUAAAAUUGAUAAGAAUAGCCCAGCAAAAGGCGAACAGCCGUCUAUACGGGCAGGAGCACUUGAAGGCUACUGGCAGAAUGCUGGCAGGAGCAGUCAAACUGUUGCCUUCAGCAGUAACUUGUUUAGGGAAACAUUGGUUGAAUAUAUUGUUCAAUCAGCAACCCCGUUCCUUGCAGUAAAGCAAACAGCUCUUCAACAACUCCUCCACCUGGCCCAUAGAGCCCCGAGCCCAACAUCCAUUCAGCUACCAAGUCCUCAAACUCUUACACGCGACUUAGGACAAGUCUAUAACAAGUUGAAAGCUAGCAUCGCUAAAGAGCUACAGCAUCAAGAACGCCUUGGAUUCACAAUUGAUUCCUGGACCACGCCUAGCAUGAAAUCAUCAUUUCUUGCAGUAACUGCGCAUUGGAUUGAUGAGAGGUGGAUAUCACAAUCAGUUACUAUUGGAUUUGAGAAAAUUGUCGGUGCCCGUACAGGAAACAAUAUGGCAGAAAUUGUGUAUGGGGUGCUCGAUAAUUAUCAGCUCACAACUAUACCGUUCCAUAUCACAAUGGAUAAUGCGUCGAAUAUGGAUACAUUGGCUACUGCUUUGGAGACCAAGAUUCAAAACCAAUUGAUAUUCACAGCUGAGGGUUGUCGUGUGCAUUGUGUUGGACAUAUAAUCAAUUUAGCUACUCAAGCGGCACUAGUAACAAUACAAGCUGAAUCACAUGAUGCCGAAGAAGACCAAGAACUGUUUGAUAAUGUGGAAAAUAAUACAACACGAUUGCAUACUCCUAUCGAUAAAUUAAGACAAGGGAUCAUCAGAAUACGAGGAUCACCACAACGCCGUGAAACGUUUCGAAACAUGGUCCAAGCAAGAUGUGAUAAGGAGGCUAACGCGCAUCCCGAGCUGUUGCGUGAUGUUCGGGUUCGAUGGAACUCGACGCUUGCCAUGCUAGAACGUGCCAUAGAGCUGUGUAGUGCAUAUGAUGGAUUUUGUGAACUAUUAGCAACUGACUUUGGGCGCAAUCAGCUGAAUGACAAUGACUGGCAAUUAAUCCGAUAUACCAAGCGCUACUUAGAAUCCUUCAAAGAGUUCAUCGAACUAUUGUCUGGCCAAGAUUAUCCCACAGUGAAUGUCGUUAUACCAGCAUACAAUUGGCUUUUUAAUCACCUUGACAGAUUUUGUAUUCCACGAGAAGGCGAGGAGCAAGAACAAGGAGUUAAUUUGCUACGUCAGACAACAACUGACCGUGUAUUUGACGUUGACGAUCUUCCUUCGGCUUUUGUAAGGGAAACAUUAGACAGGGCUGCUCGGUCUAGCUUCGAGGUUUUGCGAAAGUACUAUAGCUCAACAACACAGCCCCUAUAUGCAAUUGCUCUUGCAAUGGAUCCGGGGUGCAAGUAUGCGUGGUGGGGUCAAGCACGUUGGCCUGAAAAUUGGAUAACGGAUGCUAAGAAGCAAGUGGCAGACGCAUGGAACAUAUGGAAAGAGGAACACCCAUUAGCAGUACACAAUGAACACAACAAUGCUCCUGAAGAGCAGCAACCAAUUCGUCGUCGAUUGAAGGUGCAAAAGCGCAUGGAUUCUCAAAAUGUACCUGACGAUGAAUUAACGAGCUACGUUGGUGAAGACACUAUCGAUGAGUUUGCCGAAAGCGUUGCUAGCUACUGGAUGCGACAAGGACCAGGAAGAGCACGGCUUGCAUCAUUCGCAAAAGGAUUUUUAUGUGUGCCAGCAACAUCUACCCUGUCAGAACGAUGCUUUUCCAGAGCAAAAUUCUUUAUAACACCAACCUGUAACAGAUUAAGUGACGAUAAUCUCUCCAUAUCAGUACUCCUUGAUUCCUUCUUUAGAUUUCGAAACGCAACUCAAAAUGCAUAA